AUGGUCCUCGACAUGGUGGCUGAGGCCCGUUUGCUUCGGUUGGCCAUCCUCCUCGUCUGUACUGUCGGCCUCAACGGCGCCCUGGAGUUUGGCGGCGCCGCCGGGCAGUGGGCACGCUACGCCCGGUGGGACGCGGGCUCCCAGGGCGAGCUGAGCUUCAGCCUCAAGACCAACGCCUCCAAGUCGCUGCUCCUGUACGUGGACGAUGGCGGCUACUGCGACUUCCUGGAGCUCAUGAUCGUCGACAGCCGCCUGCGGCUGCGCUUCACCAUCUUCUGCGUGGAGCCCGCCACCCUGCACCUGGACACGCGGGUCAACGACGACCACUGGCACAUGGUCCUCCUCACCCGCAACUACCGGGAGACCAUGCUGGUCGUCGACUCCGAAGCCAAGACGGCGGAGGUGAAGUCCAAGAGGAGGGACAUGACAGUCGCCAGCGACCUGUUUGUCGGAGGCAUUCCGCCUGACGUCCGCCUGUCCACCCUGACGUCCAGCACGGUCAAGUAUGAGCUGCCCUUCAAGGGCUUGAUCGCCAACCUCAAGGUGGGGGACACGCCCCCCGUGCUCUUAGGCAGCCAAGGAAUCCAAAACGAUAUGGAAUACCUGUGCUCCAAGCAGAACCCCUGCCUGAAUGGAGGCGUGUGCUCUGUCAUUAACAGCAAGGUCGUGUGUGACUGCACAGAGACUGGGUUCCAGGGGAAGUUGUGCAGCGAAGACACAAGUCAGGAUCCCUCACUGACUCACCUGAUGCUAAGCAGCCAAGCGAAAGAGGAAUCUGUGGCCACCUUCAAAGGCACCGAGUUUUUCUGCUACGACCUCUCGCACAACCCCAUCCAGAGCAGCAGCGACGAAAUCACGCUCUCCUUCAAGACGCUGCAGCGCAAUGGGCUGAUCCUCCACACAGGGAAGUCGGCCGACUACGUCAACCUGGCUCUGAAGAACGGGGCAGUCUCGCUGGUCAUCAACCUCGGCUCGGGCGCCUUCGAGGCGCUGGUGGAACCGGUCAACGGCAAGUUCAACGACAACGACUGGCACGACGUGAGGGUGACACGCAACCUCCGGCAGGUGACCAUCUCAGUGGAUGGGAUUCUGACUACCACGGGUUACACGCAGGAGGACUACACUAUGCUGGGCUCCGAUGAUUUCUUCUACAUCGGUGGCAGCCCCAGCACAGCCGACCUCCCCGGCUCGCCUGUCAGCAACAACUUCAUGGGAUGCCUGAAGGACGUCGUCUACAAGAACAACGACUUUAAACUGGAACUCUCCCGCCUGGCGAAAGAGGGCGACUCCAAAAUGAAGGUGCACGGGGACCUGGUGUUCAGGUGCGAGAACGUGGCCGCCUUGGACCCAGUCACCUUCGAGGCCCCCGAAGCCUACAUUUCCCUCCCCAAGUGGAACACGAAAAAGACGGGCUCCAUCUCCUUCGACUUCUGCACCACCGAGCCCAACGGGCUGCUCCUCUUCAGCCACGGCAAGCCCCAGCACCACAAGGAGACCCGCGUCGAGCGGGUGCGCAAGGUGGACUACUUUGCCAUGGAGCUCCUCGAUGGCUUCCUCUUCCUGCUGCUCGACAUGGGGUCGGGCGCCAUCAAGAUCAGGGCCACCAACAAGAAGGUGAACGACGGAGAGUGGUGUCACGUCGAUUUCCAGCGAGAUGGACGAUCAGGGUCGAUAUCGGUGAACAGCCGCCACUUCCCAUUCGUCGCCAACGGCGAGAGCGAGAUCCUGGACCUGGACAGCGACAUGUACCUGGGCGGGCUGCCCGACCACAAGCUGGACCUGCUGCCGCCUCCCGAGCUCUGGACCGCCUUCCUCCGCUACGGUUACGUGGGCUGCGUGCGGGACCUCUUCAUCGACGGCCAGAGCCGAGACGUGAGGCGCCUGGCCGAGGUCCAGAACAUGGGCGGGGUCAGCGGCUUCUGCUCCCGGGAGACCUUGAAACAGUGCAGCAUGGCCCCCUGCCGCAACGGGGGCCAGUGCCGGGAGGGCUGGAACCGGUACAUCUGCGACUGCACCGGGACCGGCUACUUUGGGAAGAACUGCGAGACAGAAGGGACUGUCCUGAGCUAUGAUGGAAGCAUGUACAUGAAGAUCAUGAUGCCGACUGUCAUGCACACAGAGGCCGAGGACAUAUCCUUGCGUUUCAUGUCCCAGCGCGCGUAUGGAUUACUCAUGGCGACAACGUCCAAAGACUCAGCGGAUACCCUGAGGCUCGAACUGGAUGGAGGACGGGUGAAGCUCACGGUCAACUUAGACUGUGUCAGGACUAACUGUAAUCCCAGCAAGGGGCCGGAAAUGCUGUACGCGGGACAGAAGAUGAACGACAACGAGUGGCACACGGUGAGGGUGAUCCGGCGGGGGAAGGGCUUGCAGCUGUCGGUGGACAACAUCACUGUGGAAGGGCAAAUGGCCGGCGACCACACCAGACUGGAGUUCCACAACAUCGAAACCGGCAUCAUGACGGAGAAGCGCUUCAUCGCCAUGGUCCCCUCCAACUUCAUCGGCCACCUGCAGAGCCUCAGCUUCAGCGGAAUGGACUACAUUGACCUCUGCAAGAACGGAGACAUCAGCUACUGCGAGCUGAAUGCCUUCUUCGGCAUGAGGGACAUCAUCGCCGACCCGGUGACGUUCAAGACCAAGUCCAGCUACCUGGCGUUGGCCACGCUCCAGGCUUACACCUCCAUGCACCUGUUCUUCCAGUUUAAGACCACAGCCAUAGACGGGCUGAUCCUUUACAACAGUGGAGACGGAAACGACUUCAUUGUGGUGGAGCUCGUUAAAGGGUACCUGCACUACGUGUUCGACUUGGGGAACGGGCCGUCCUUGAUGAAAGGCAACUCGGACAAGCCCAUCAACGACAACCAGUGGCACAACGUGAUGGUUUCUCGGGAUCCGAACAAUGUCCACACCCUCAAGGUGGACUCCAGGACUGUCACCCAACACUCGAAUGGUGCGAGGAACCUGGACCUAAAAGGGGAGCUAUACGUUGGUGGCCUCAGCAAGGGGAUGUUCAAUAACCUUCCCAAGCUGGUUGCGUCUCGAGAGGGCUUCCAGGGCUGUCUCGCGUCGAUUGACCUGAACGGAAGGCUGCCGGACCUGAUCGCUGAUGCCCUACACCGCGUUGGGUUGAUCGAACGAGGAUGCGGAGGCCCCAGCACCACGUGCCAAGAAGACUCCUGUGCCAACCAGGGGGCCUGCAUCCAGCAGUGGGACGGGUACACCUGCGACUGCAGCAUGACGUCUUUCGGGGGCACCAUCUGCAACUACCUCGGCUUCCUGGCGACUUUCCUCUCGGGGAAGUUUGGGGGGUUGCUGGUUUUUACAUGGCCAGCGAGUGACCGGCCGAGUUCCAGGUCAUCGCCACUCGCUGUGAAAAAAAAAAAUGGGGUUUUUACAACAAUCGAUGAUGGUUGCCUUGUCAGACUUGACGGCCUUGGAGGCCUUGGUGAAUUCCUGCAGUUGCACAUCGAACAAGGGAAAAUUCAGGUGAUAUUUAACGUGGGGACCGAUGACAUUGUGAUCGAGGAGACGAACAUCGUCGUCAACGACGGCAAGUACCACGUGGUGCGGUUCACGAGAAGCGGCGGGAACGCCACGCUGCAGGUGGACAACUGGCCCAUCAACGAGCGCUAUCCAGUGGGCAACUUUGAUAAUGAGCGGCUGGCGAUUGCUAGACAGCGAAUUCCAUAUCGACUCGGUCGGGUAGUAGAUGAGUGGCUACUUGACAAAGGCCGACAGUUGACCAUCUUCAACAGCCAGGCCUCCAUCCAGAUUGGGGGCAAGGACCAAGGCCGGCCCUUCCAGGGCCAGGUGGCCGGCCUCUAUUACAAUGGCCUGAAGGUGCUGACCCUCGCCGCCGAGAGCGACCCCAAUGUCAAGGUGGAGGGCAACCUGCGGCUGGUGGGGGAAGUGCCGUCGGUGAUGACCACCGAGACCACGGCCACCACGCUCCUGGCGGACAUGUCCACCACCAUCAUGGAGACCACCACCACCAUGGCCACCACCACCACACGGCGAGGGAGGUCACCGACCAUGAACGACAGGAUAACCCAGAACACCGAUGAUAUCCUGGUGGCCUCUGCAGAGUGUCCGAGUGAUGACGAGGAUUUGGAAGAGUGCGAGCCCAGCACAGGCGGUGAGCUCAUCUUCCCCAUCAUGACAGAGGACGCGCUGGAAAUCCCGGCCAUUGUCACCCGCUCGCCCUUCGUCCCCCCACCGCCCACCUACCGCCCCUUCCUCAACGUCCUCCAGACCACCGAGGAGUCGCUGGCCCUGACCUCCAAGGCGGGGUCGCCCUGCCACUCGGAGCAGGAGGACGACUGCGAUGACAUGACGGUGGUGUCGGGCUACGGCUCGGGGGAGGUGUUUGACUCCAGCUUCCCGCCGACGGACGAUGAGGACUUUUACGCCACCUUCCCCCUGGUCACGGAUCGCACCCUGAUGGGCGACCCCAAGCUCUCCAAGUCCCGGGGCUACCGGCCGGACAGGCGGCCGGGGCUCUCGGACGGGUCCACCUCACCCCCUGACGUCCUGAUCGCUGCCUCCUCCCCCCACUCCGCCCCCUCGCCCCGCUCCCCCUCCUCCCCGCCCCCGGACAUGAUCCGCAAGCUCCCGGCCGGCAAGCUGAACACCCGGGGGGACCCCCGGCCCAACCCCGAGCUCGUCCUGCCCCCGCUGCCGACGGCCCCCGACCGCGAGCGCAAGACCCAGGCCCAGUACCCGGCGGUAACCUCUGCCCCCGAUUUUCACCAUGUGCUCACAGCCAACCCCAGCGGCCCGGCGCCGGGAGGACCCCCGGGGGCGGUGGAGGUGGUCCGAGAGUCCAGCAGCACGACGGGCAUGGUGGUGGGCAUCGUGGCCGCGGCGGCCCUCUGCAUCCUGAUCCUCCUCUACGCCAUGUACAAGUACCGCAACCGGGACGAGGGGUCCUACCAGGUGGACCAGAGCCGCAACUACAUCAGCAACUCGGCGCAGACCAACGGCACCGUCGUCAAGGAGAAGCAGACCCCGGCCACCAAGAGUAUGACCAAGAGCAAAAAGAACAAGGACAAGGAGUACUAUGUCUGA